AUGUCUGCCACUGCCUUGCAAAUCCAAACUCUGGAAGAUGAGGAUUCACAAUGGGGUGGUUCUUCAGAAGGUCGUACCUAUAAGGCCAGGGAUCGAGAGUUGAUGGAUUUUCGACUCAAAGCUCAAUACUUCACGGAUCCGUGCAGGUAUGAACCAAACAUAUUUCGUAGGCGAUAUAGAAUGCAACCUUGGGUCUUUGACAGGAUGAUGCACGACUUGGCCAACUACGACCCAUAUUUUGUUCAAACAAGAGAUGCUUGUGGGAGACUAAGCUUAUCCACUGAACAAAAGCUGACAUGCGCCAUGAGAAUGCUUGCGCAUGGCAUCACAGCUGAUUUCUGCGAUGAUUACCUAGAUAUUGCGAAGACCACUGCCAUUGAGAUUUUUGAGCACUUCACAAAAGCAAUCUGGAAUGUGUACCAUGAGACUUACCUCCGCCGACCAACACCGGCAGAUUUGCGAAGGCGGCUUGACAAAGCUAAAGAACGAGGAUUCCCGGGGGUGGUCGGUAGCCUUGAUUGUAUGCACUGGCAGUGGAAAAAUUGUCCCACCGGAUGGGCAGGGCAGUAUACUAGCUACAAAGGGAAACUGACAAUCAUCUUAGAGGCGGUGGCCUCCUACGAUACUUGGAUUUGA